UUUUUCUUUUUUUGCAUGUCACCAACGGGCCAUUUUUUGGAGCCUGACUAGACCUUGGCACGGUGCUUGGGUGGCGUGCACACACACACACACACACACACACACGAGCGCUUGCACCGUCCAGUCAUUAGGUCUUCUGACGCUAACACGCGCUGCUCCACCUCCGCCAGUCUCCGCCGGCAGCGCCUCCUUGGACCGCUGACCUGAGGCUCCUCGUGUGGGUCUCUGCGUGGGAGUCGCGGCGGUGGGACGGAACUCACUCCCUCACUCGCUUUGAAACGCUCUGCUCUCUCACCACGACAUUCUAAGGCCACAGAUUAUUAUCCGGUCCACACAUUGCCUCUGAUGGUCGCCGGGAAAGACAGCGUCAUCUUGGUGAAGGAAACAGUUAAUAGCGCGUCACUGAAGAAGCGGAAAUAAUCUUGUUGUCCGAUGUUUAAAAAGCGGAGUGUUUGAUCUGUGACAAGCGGAAAAUAUAAUCUGUGAGACAGCAUUCAAUCAGGGUAGAAAAGUGAAAGAAAACCCUGAUAGCGGACCAUCAAAGGCGGCGACAUCAAGACAAUAGACAAUGAGGCAGAGACUGAAGUGGACCUUACUGUAGCCUCACUUCGGACGACGCAGCACCGACUUAGGCGAGGCUGACAUCGGAACCCUUGAUCACCGCCAGUAACUCUGAGAAAUACAACGUUUGAGUGGUCAUAAACCCUUGAGGCCUCGCGUAAACACCCCUGAACCCCUGAACACCACUGGAAACCCAUGAAAACCCCCUGAAAACCCCCUGCAAACCCCAAUAUCAGUCCUGCGGGAGGGAAAAUGACCGCUGUUAGUGGCAGUUGUACCUCAAUUUGGGAAGGAGAAACGACACACUAAUAGAACAUGGGUCGGUCUAGAUGGACAAGGAAAGACCCCUCCUCCCUCACCUCCAUCCCAGGAAGACCUCAAUCCAAGCCACGCCCCAUCGCUGCCGCCGCCGCCGCCGCCGUCGCCGCCAUGCCUGGGCAGUCCCCCUCGCAGGCUGGAAGGCGCGCGGCGACGACCCCUGCCACGCCGCGGCGCAAGGAGAGCAGCGGCGGCAAGCCCACGCCCUCCGCCAGGAUCCAUCGCAUGCGGCUACUACUGAGGAUGCGAUCAGUGAUAGGCCGUGCUGACGCUGGGGACUUCGGGGACGGGGAGGCAGUGAAGGAGGGCAGCUCGAGAGGUCCCAGUGCCAAGGUUACGUUCAGACAGCCGCAGCCUCGUACACCGCAGAGGAAACAGGGCACGCGAGAGCCGGACGUGGUGAUCCGCCUCACCACCUGCAACAAGAGCACGAAGGACGAGGUGCGGUACAGCUUCACCACAGGCAAGUACGAGGCAGUGCAGGAUGAGGACCCGCUGCUGGACCUCCUCACACUCCCCUCCCGCGUCGUGCACAAGAGUGAGGCACCCCUGAGUAAGCUGCUGAUGCCCACCCUGCCGCCGCCGCCACCCUCACCCUCCCCGGAGUCUCCAGGAGACUCGGAAGCUGAGGAGGGUGGGGGUGAGUCCUGGCGGCCGGGAGAGACAGGACAGCGCCCACUGUUGCCAAGACCAAGGGCUGACACACAACCCAACCCGUUCAACUUCAGCGAGCGAGUCUCUCAGACCACCAGACUCACCAAAAGAAGCCUGGGUAUACAGACCUCGCCGCCGCCCUCCACCACCUUCUCCCGCUGCGUCGGCCUUUAUAAGAUCUACCAGGCUUACAAGGUCGACUACCAGAAGAUCCUAGAGCAGGAGAUGGAGAUGGAGAAGAAGGAGAAGGAGAAGGAUAGAGGGGCGUCGAAGCAAAAACCGGUCCUUGAUCCCAUCGUGGUAGUGCGGCCCCCGUCCCCGCCGCCGCCUCCUGGGAAGCUCGGCGGACCAGACCUGCGCCUCCCUGGCCUCUUGUGGGCGGCGCGGGUGGUGGAGAGGAUGGUGAGCCAGAACACCUAUGAUGACAUUUCUCAGGAUUUCAAGUACUGGGAGGACGGCAGCGAUGAGUUCCGGCACCUUGAGGGCUCCCUACUGCCCCUAUGGAAGUUUUACCACGACCGCUCUCGCUCCUUCAUCGUGUCGGACGUGUGCUGGAGCCCCGUGUACCCUGACCUCCUCGCUGCUGCCUACACCACAGGGGACAUUGGUGGGCCUGAGGGAGCGGGAAUGCUGUGCCUGUACACCCUGAAGAACCCUGCCACACCUGAGAGAGUCUUCCAUACCCCCUGUGGUGUCCUGUGUCUCGACUUCCACCCCAAGCACGGCAGUGUGGUGGCAGCAGGGUGGAGUGACGGCACAGUGGUGAUGUAUGACAUGAAGUCUUCCACCAGGCCAAUCAUUAUCACCUCCACCUGCCUUAAUGACAAGCACCUGUUGCCUGUCACUCAGGUGCGGUGGAUGGAGACAGAGGUUGGGGAGGACCUGUGCUUCUUCUCGGUGUCGCUGGACGGACGCCUCACCCAGUGGACGGUGCAUGCUGGUGUCCUUCAGUUCAUGCACAUCCUGGACUUCAACGUGGUGGAGCACCUCAGUGGCAGUGUCCCCGUGCGUGACAAGGUGCCACUUGAGGGAGUGGCGACCUCCAUGGCAUUCCAGCCUGACGACAUCACUGUGGUGGUGGUGGGUGUGGACACAGGUGUGGUGUUCCAGUGCUCCACCACCUGCCCCACCCACUCCUUGUUUGUGUACCCCGCCCACUCCUCCCCCGUGAGGAAGGUGGCUUGGAACGCCCAUCACACAAGAAUAUUCCUCUCCUGCUCCGUAGACUGGACCAUCAAGAUCUGGCUGCAGCACACCCUGGCGCCACUGGUUGUGCUGGACGUGGGGGGUGCAGUGGCUGGCGUCACCUGGUCACCCUUCAGUAGCAGUGUGUUUGUGGCAGUGACUGAUGAGGGGCGGGUGUACGUGUACGAUCUGUUUCUGCGCCGCUGUCGUCCGCUGUGUGUGCAGAGCUUGCUGCAGCGGCGGCGUGUGGCAGCCACCUCCGUCGCCUUUAAUCCCUUCCACCCCAUCGUUGUGGUGGGUGGCGAGAGAGGCCACCUUGUUGCCCUGAAGCUGUCACCUAACCUGAGGAAGCCACACAAGGAGGCCAAGGGUGCCGACGCCCAACGGCUGCGUGAGCUGGAGCUGUACAAGAUGGAGCGACUCAUUGCUACCAGCAACAACACCUCAGGCUGAGCAGCCACAGCUGUCUUGAGAUCCCUGGUCAUGGCAAACACUCUGCUGCUGUGAUCUACCUGCAGCACUGGAAGGGACAGGCACAGCUUUGUUGGUGCUGUGGUGAGGCAUCAAGCGUCCUGUGAAGAAUGAGUAGGGCUUGAAAGGUCCUGCAUCCCUGCAGCUUUACUGUGAAAAUAAGUGUUUUGCAAGCCUAACAAUAACAUCUCAUGAGAAGGCAUGUUGGUUACUGGUAUGAUGAAGGAAAGCCUUGAUUUCAAAAUAGCACCAGAAAAGAAGAUGGCAUAAGUGGCUUGGCUUUCAGACAUCAUUGAAGAGAGACUUUAUGCUGCUGUGGUGUCUAGGAGUCCUUCACUAGACCCACUCUAAAGACAGGCCCCUCUUGACUGUAUAUGAAUUAUAUCUGAAUUAGAUUGUUUCAUGACAGUGAUAAAAAGAUACAUUCUGUUUACUAUGAUAUUGGCCAACAAACUAAAUGACAGACUUUCAGGCUUGACCACCACACCCACACACUGCCUGCUGGCCCUCACCAGCUUGCUGUGCACUUGUGACUCCUUGCUGCUGCUGGAUGGGAGUGCAAAGGGCAAGGGAUUUCUGAAGGGUAGAUCAUCUUAACUCAGUUUGAGUACAUUCUUCUUACUGUAAUCCUUGGAAAUCUUGGCAUGUUCAGCAGCAGUCAGGGUCACCACAGGAAAGCAGAUGUGCUGAAUGUCACGGGUCAGUGAACUGGAGACACACUGGUGAACCUGUGCACUCGUGAGGUGGCGGUAACCAGGCACACUCAUCAGUGUUCUGAGUCUGCACGGGCUGAACACCAAGCUGCCAGUGCAUGGUGGCCGGGGAGGCUGGGCUGCAGGAAAGCCCAGGCAUGCUGACAGGACUCCUGAGGGACAUCUCAGAAUCUGUCUUCCAUGUAACAGAUUACCUUCCUACACAGAGGUGUGGCCUCUACCUUGAGCUGUCAAAUUCUAAUCAAGCACAAUUGAAAGGCUCAGUGACUUCUUUGGCAUGCAUUUGUGAGUUGCAUGGUGGACAUCAAUGUCAUGAUGAGCUUGCAGACUUUUUUGCCCCACCUGAGAUGCAGCAGCUCUCAGAAAAGCACCACUGUCAGCAGCACAGCAUCUCUGAGGCUAAUUCCUGGCAGCUGCAUGACAGCCAGGUCAUUUCAACACAGCUUGAUGUAUAACAGCUCUGCUGUUCCAGGUACAAUAACAAUUUUCUCCUACUUAAGGAUGUGAGCCUCUCCUCAGGCCUGUACUAACUGUAACCAUCACGGUGGUGUGCUCUCAUUCCUGCUACUUUGAUUUAUUUCUUGUUGCUGCUGGUACACUACUACUAUUUCUCUUAUUACCAGUAUUACCACACACACACACACAGUUUUUUUAUAUGAUGGCAAUGUUAAUAAUACCAGUACUAUACAUUAUAUAUUAUAUAUUUCACAUAAGAUGAAUACAUUUCUUGGAAUGCUAAAUACAUUAUGCAAAUUAAGAAUAUAUAUUUUGUAAUCAAUUCUCAUCUCUAAACUGUUUCACUAUUACAUGAGGAGGAGGAGGAGUACAUGUUGCUACACUGAUUUUUACUCUAAAAACUACUUGUGAAUCUUUUACUUAUAGAUAUGAAAUCUAGUUUAUCAUUCUUUUCAACAUAUAAUUUAGUAUCCUCCAUCUCAAGCUGGAAGCGUGAUGCUUAACACCGAGGUGAUGGGAUUGUGUGACGCCUGGCUCAUGGCCUGGCUGUGCACAGUGACAAUGACUCACCAGGAUGAUAAUGUGAACAGGAAAGCUGAGUCACUAAAGUGCCUGUGUUACACUGUCAGUAUUAACUUAGCCCUUAAGAAUUGAAAUUAAUGAUAAAAGCAACAAUAUUUCAAUGUUCUGUUUGUAAAAUUUUGUUUAAAUCAUUGUAAGCAAACUUUUAAUGAGUGGUGGAGCCACUACUCUUAUUAAGCUGAACUUUUAAGUACCUACACAUGUCCAAAAUUAUCAAUGAUGUGAAUAUAGAUAUAAACACCAGCAA